AUGUUGUCACAAAUAUUUAGCAUCUCUAAAAAUGACAUGAACAAUGAAGUACACAAAAAAUCUUAUAGAUUGCCAGAUGAAGUAUACCAAACUGCUAACAUAUCGAAACUUCUUAUUGUUAUAGAAGAUGGUAAAGCAGAUGUUUUCAAAGGAAAGACUCUCGAAGAGAUCGAUUUAGAUAUGAAUGAAGAGCUAGAUGAAGAGGUUCUUGAUAACGAUCAAAUACUCGAUUAUGAUUGUAAGCUAAUCGAAACUGUCAACUCUGAUUGCAUUCAACAAAUGCGUAGUCAAAACAAUUUAUCUCAGGCUGGACCAUCCCGUAUUCGGACUUCUCAAUAA